AAAAAACCCACAGAAAAUUAUUUAAAUGCUUCUCCGAAAAACAAGAAUAAUCUCAACCAAAAAGUGCUAACAAAUAUUUAUGGGAACUUAAUAACUAAUGAAAAAGUUGUAUGGGAUUAUACUCCUGAGAUUAUACAAUACGUGUUAAAUUAUACCAUCGAUGACCAAACCGUUGUCGUGCCCGUGUCCGAAGACAAUUUCACUGCCAAAAUCCAGGACGUUGAUUAUUCUGCAUGGAGUCCGGAUGACCUGAUCGAGAAACUAUCAAAACCGGAGAGAAGCUGCCGCAGACUUUUACGUAUUGGGGGCGGCAUGCAUCUCUCUGCAAUGGACGGACACAAAUUUGUUUGUUUCGAUCCUGACGUAGCACCGAAGCCAGUCCCCGUCAUUAAUAAGAGCUUACUCGAAAAUUUGUUCUGCCCUGAUGAGUAUCGCGUAUCGAAUACAACUUCCGAAAAUAAAUACCUGCUGAAGAAAAAUUCUGAAUCAGCCUCUGCAAAGUCCAAUACCGAUUCCGAAGAAUUUUAUUCAUGCAGUAUAAGUACUUUAGAAAAUGGAAAUACAUGUGAGAAAGAUUAUUCGUUUCCAAAGCUCUUUGAUGAGCCUAAUCAGAUCAACAUUAAAUCUGAUCGUGGUUCUUACAUAGAUUUGAAUUUAUUGCGUUCAAAGGAUCACCAAUGUCACACAUAUUCAUUUGGAAUUGGGAACGACACAACAUUCGACUCUGCAAUGCAGAAUUUUGGAUGUAAAGUUUAUUCUUUUGAUAUGACCAUCGUGAAUAGCACCAGUACAUCAAUUAGCCCCAACUGGAAUUUUUUUCCUGUUGGGAUAAACUCGAAAUCUUUGAUCAGAACCGUCAUCUUACUACCGGUGAGAAAUCCUAUCGAUGUUACUUUUAAAACAAUGCAAGACAUCUUAGAAAUUUUUGACCAAGAAAAUUCGGUUAUCGACAUUCUAAAGAUGGACGUAGAGAAUUCCGAAUGGGAAAUUUUACGUCAGUUACUGCGGCAAGAAGAUGGGAGAAAACUUUUAUCCCGUGUCAAACAAAUGCACUUAGAGAUUCACCUGGAGGAUUUACUCAAUGACUCAGAAUCCGGCAGGAUUGAAGCAGGAAAAUAUUACGAAUCUGUCUUAGACGGCCUUCGCGAAAUUGGAUUUGUUCUCGUUCAUACUUUCAUCAACGAAUUUUCUCAGUACUACGCGAACGUGAGGGGCAAGCUUAUUCCGAUAUACAGAGAAUCUCUGUAUGUUCUAAGUCCGUAACUACAGAACUGGAGACGUGCCGCAAAUUCAGUCCUGCAGAGUUUACAGAAUAUGAAACAACAGAGUGAUGCUUGCAGAACAAGUAUAAGCACACAUUAUAAACCAAGACAAGGCAGGAGCAAUUCCCAGACUUUCAGUCUCUGCAGAGCAGCAAACAACAGAGUACAUGUGCGCAGAGCAGAAGCACUUCUUGAACCUGCAGACUUAACAGAGCAGUUCUUACUCAUGGGACAUGAGCAACCUAAUGACCAAGGGAAUGAGGACAUCGUAUAUCAUUUAAAGUCAAUAUUUAAAUUCAAGUGCUAAUUGUUCUUAAACGCCCAGUUGCUAAUAGGAAUGUGGUAUAAUAGAACAUUUAAAAAUUAUUCGUUGUUGGAAUGGAGCGUCUAGGUAACUUUUAUUAUCACGAGGCAAUAAAAGUUACGUUAUGUCAUAAAAAGUUAUGUCAAUGUGUUAUAAUAGAACAUUUUAAUUUUAUUCAUUAUUGGCAUGGAGCGCCUAUGUAACUUCUAUUGUCACUAACGAGGCCAAUGAGUGAGCAAAUUUGAAAAAUCGGCGAUUAAAUUCUUCGCUUAU